GAUAUAUCGGCAACUGUCAUCGACACGAUGCAUUAAUCGAUACUCUUGAAAUAAUAAGUAUCGUAUCAAAUGGAUGUGACGCUGGACAAGAAGUUACAAGGAUUUCAACUGGUGGCCCAGGAAAAGUUGCAGGCCAUAUUAUGCUCAAUACCGGGGAAAAAGGAGCUAAUCUUGGAGCCGGACCUUAUCAAGCCGCUGGAACAUGUUUGCACCGCCUCCUGGCUAAAGUUAAAGGGAAUCCAGCGGAUUUACAAGCAUGAUGCAAAACAACGUUUGCCCCGUGCUCCGGAUCAGGUGCACAUCUACAUGAUUCGCAGUGUGCUGAGCACAUUCCAAACACUGUUGCGCCAAUUGCAGCCUCUGGCAGUGUCAACGCCAAGUGAGUCACCUGAUCUUGCCCUUCGCAUGUUCCAUAUUAUCUGCGUGCCCAGCUGCUAUGCCUAUUUCCAUGCUCAUCUCGAGCAGGCUGGUCUAUGGGGCGUCGUUCAGCUGCAUCACUACAACUGGGAUUUCAUUUAUCUCGAUCAUGGCGUGCUCAGUCUAGAGUUACCAAAUUUGUACGAGUGCCUUUAUCUGGAGGGGAAUACUUCAGCGUUGCCUGCUAUGGCCCAGAGUUUGCGUCUACUGCAAAUGAUUUGCGGUCAGCCCUCACUGAUCCUCACCUUUGGCGGCCACGCAGCGCAGUUAUGUCAAGUAAUGCAGGCACUGGGACCCGUGCCAGAGUCCAACAGCCCGACAGACUUUGGAGCCUGGCUAAUAAUUGACCGGGACAAGGAUUACGCCUCGUCGUUGCUCACUCCCGCCAUUUAUGCGGGCUUGCUCUUGGAAGUGUUUCAGCUACGUGCCGGGGAAAUUGUAAUUGACAAUGCGAACAACAAAAUACGCAGCCAAAAGCUGCAGUUACUCCAGGGAAAGUCCGAGUACACACCAAAAUCAAGCACGUCCAACAGUAAGCCAAGCUGCAUCCGCCUCAACUCCGCCUGUGAUGAAAUCUACGCUGGCAAUCGCUAUAAACACUUCGCACAGGCCAGCAGUUUUGUGCGUGGCCAGGUGAAGGCAUUGAGUUUGGAGCUGCAGAAGCUCAAUGACCUGAAGCUGGAGGAAAUGCACGACUAUGUGGCACGCAAGUUGCCCAAGUUAACGGAGUUGAAGGCCAAAGUGUUGCGUCAUUUAAAUGCCUCAGAGAUUGUCAUACAAAUGCUUGGAAACUUUCGCCAUCUGCAAACACUGGAAGAGGACAUCUUGAAUAAUGUAUCCCGCAAACGCUUGCUCUCGGAGAUCGAUGAGCUGCUGACAACGGACGGACAACGCUUUAACACACUGCGCCUACUCUGUCUGUUGCACUUGUGCGCCGGUGUUGCGCCAGAUGAGCUGCAAAACUUUGCCCGGAAUUACUGCAACAUGUUUGGGCAUCGGGAGCUGUGCGUAUUCCAGCAGCUGGCACAGGCGGGCCUGUUGCCUGCACUGCAGCCGGAGCGCAAGAGUUCCGCCAAGCUGCUGUCCAAUCUGCCGUUGCCCAAAUUCCAGCAAACCGAAUUUCAGGCCAACGCCAACCGUCUCAAGCUGUUGACCUCCUGUGCAGACGCGGAACAAGCUGCUGCUGCUGACUCCAGUAGUAAUUCUGCCUUAAAGUCCUGUCCCAGCUUUGUAUUCAACGGGACAUACAUACCGCUGGCAGCCCAAUUAUGUUCCAUUCUGCUAAAUGCCAAUAGUGCCGACCAAUUGGCCACCAAGCUGGCUAUGAUCGAGGGCUUGCAGGUGCAUGUAGGCGGACAGUCCACCACACCCAAAGCUUAUGCGGCACAGCUCAAAACAGGAUCAACUGAAAUUCCCGAUCUCUUUCCUCUGCGACUCCGCAACUUGUUUGUGUUUGUGGUGGGCGGUGCCAACUAUGCGGAGAUUGCCGCCUGCGAUUUCGUGGCCAAGCUAACAAAUUCCCAAAUAACUGUCGCCUCCGAUGCACUUCUAGCUGGCAGCGAUCUAAUCGCAGCUGCUUUCAAUAACUGAAUCCAUAACAAAUCAAAACAUAUAUUUUAAUAUUUUGUAUAAUAAAAUAUUGAUAAUUUAAAUUAA